AUGCACCACCCCCGUCUAGCCGACUACUUCGAAGACUUCACGCGCCCCCACACCUCCGCCACCCCGAGCACCAGCACAACAUCCCACCUCUACAACAACCACACCGUAACCUACGGCUCCUCGUCCCCGACGCUUGUCCCCUCCUUCCUGCCCAUCGAGGACAUCUACGUCGCGCCGCAGUAUCAGCCCCCGAACCCCGAAGACGAGGAUGAUGUCGUCCCCGACCAGCAUGCUGCGUUUGGGAUCAGUCGGGCUAUGGAGCGUCGGCGGGAGGCCGUGUGGAGGGAUUUGGGACUCGAGCGCUUGGUGAAUUCGGGGGGUGCUGGGAAAACGGGCGGAGUUAGGGUUAAUGAGGGGGGGAGACGCAUGGGCGGGAAGAGGGUGGUUUGUUUGCGGUGA